AUGUCGAGACUCAGUGAAAAAGAGCGGUUUGCUUCUCUCGAACAAGAGGCAAUUAAUUCCAUGCCUUAUCUUGGCUCAGAUGAAAAGAAUUUGAAUAACAAGGAGCCGAUCAUAUUGAACGCUAUCUCCGGAAAUGUCAGUAAUAAAGCAUCAUUAUCACAAGACGAGCUUGCGCUACAGGUGAAAGAGGUCCGCCCUUGGAUUCAUUUUGUUGCUGGAGGGCUCGGUGGUAUGGUGGGGGCAAUUGCAACUUGCCCAUUUGACGUGGUGAAAACCCGAUUGCAAUCGGAUGUGUACCGAAUCAGUUACAAUCAAACCAUCAAAUCCAACAACGCCAUCAUAAAGGGUGCCCAGCAUUUCAAAGAAACUUUUGGAAUCUUGGGGAACGUUUACAAAGUUGAAGGGGUUAGAUCAUUGUUCAAAGGGUUGGGGCCAAACUUGGUCGGGGUGAUUCCGGCAAGAUCGAUCAAUUUCUUUACUUACGGGUUGACUAAGCAAUUUCUCAGUAAAAACUUCAAUCAAAACAACGAGGCCACCUGGAUCCAUUUGGUGUCAGCGGCGUGUGCUGGUAUUACCACCAGUACGGCAACCAACCCGAUUUGGUUGAUCAAAACCAGAUUACAAUUGGAUAAGAGUAAGAGUGGCGAGGCGAAACAAUACAAGAAUUCGUGGGAUUGUUUGGUCAAAGUGGUGAAAAAUGAAGGGGUGGGGGCGUUAUACAAAGGGUUGACGGCGUCGUAUUUGGGGUCGUGUGAAGGGGUGAUCCAUUGGGUGCUUUACGAACAAAUGAAGAGCGUUUUGAAAAAAAAAUCGAUCCAAAAUUCCCAAGACCCAAACUAUGUCAGAUCUAGUUGGGAUGAUUUCAACGAAUGGGCCGCCAGAUCGGGGGCUGCUGGGUGUGCCAAGUUUUGUGCCUCGAUGAUCAGUUAUCCUCACGAAGUGGUGCGAACCAGAAUGAGACAAGCACCAAUGGAAAAUGGGAAGUUAAAGUACAAAGGGGUAUUUCAAUCUUUUGGGUUGAUUGUCAAGGAAGAAGGGUUGGCAUCGAUGUAUGGGGGGUUGACACCUCAUUUGAUGAGAACCGUUCCAAAUAGUAUCAUUAUGUUUGGUACUUGGGAAAUUCUUAUCAGAUUCCUUUCGGAUAACUUUUGA